AUGCCGUUUACAACAAACGAUGUUCUACAGUAUAAACGUAAUGAUCGUCAACUACGUGAAAUUCACGAAAGAGAAUAUUCAAAAUAUGUAGCGAAUCUUCGUCAACAACAACAACAACAACAACAGCCAAGUUCACAUUAUAAAAAUGAUUAUUAUUUAUCCAUCAAAUAUUUGAAUGAAAUUGAACGAUCACGUGUACGCAACGCAUUGGUUAAACAAAAUCUAGAUGAUCGGAUAUGUCGUGACAAUGUUGUAUUAUAUCAACGUUUACUCAAAGCAAGUAAACGAACAAUGAUUGAUGAUAAAAAUGAAACCUAUCAACAAAAUUUAACCUCAUUUAUAACUAAACGUAGUCAACAACGUUCUAAUGAGCAUAAUCGUAUUUAUAAUGACAAUCAAAUAUUAUUACAACGCAUUGAUAAUGUACGUGGUCGUUUAAUAGGUAAAGAACAAUGUGAUAAUGAUUGGAAUAAACAUAUAAGUUUUAUGAAAAAAAAUUGUGAAUAUCCAGAAAAUAUUGAUAAAUUUGUCAUAAAAAAGAAUAAAAAUGAGCAAAUUCAAGUAUGUGCUUAUUCGGCGAAGAAAAUCAGACAAUGGAAUGAUCGACACUCAAUCAUUGAACCAUCAAAACAAGAAUAA